UUCCCACUAAUUAAAUCCACUGUGCUGCCCUGCCUCGCCUCCGCCUAAACGGCCAGCCAAACAAACUCUACGAGCAACCCAUCCUCUUCCCCACCCCUCUCUCUUUUUCUCCGGCGGCAAUGGCGGCGCCGCGGAGUUCGGAAUUCCGGCUGCUGGUCGCCGUCUUAUUCUUCCUCUUCCAGGCGAGAUACUAUUCCCGCCGCUUUGCUCAAUUUUCUCCUCAAUUACUUUCUAAUUCUAUUCUCUUUCCGCCGUCGGUACUAUCGUACUCGAAGAAGCACCGGCAAAUGAAACGGAGAGUUGCUUGUUGAUUGAUUGCAUGGUUGUUGUUGUUUCGCGUCCCUGAAUUCUUCCGGCCUCGGUUUGACUAUGCAUUUACUCCGGUUGACCACAAUUUUUUGUUUUGCGGCGGCGUUGUUUGGUUGCUGAGAAGAAGAAAAAAAAAAAAAAAAAAGAGUGGGAGGAAUGUGUUUCAAUUUCACUCUUCCCCUAGAGUUUCGAAAAGCUCCGUUGGUGUAGCCUGGCUAAAGACCAUGGACGAACGGCGGAAUUCAACGCUGCAGCCAUUUCGCUUUUCUCUGCUGAUCUCAACUAGGAAUUGGAAUCUUAUUUUGUUGUUUCAUACAGCUCUAGAAUUAAGGAAAAGGCUUCUGAGAAAAAUGUUGUGCUGAUAAAGUGAUGUGAAUUCUGCUUUUUUUUUUUUUUUUGGCUUGCAGGUCAUGUUCUUGCCAUCUGUUAUUGCUGCAGAUAGGUCUAACGCCAGAUUGCUUGCAACGUCCAAUGGUACCAUUGGGGGAAGGCACUCCGAAGAGUAUUGUGCAAUGUAUGACAUCUGCGGGGCACGCGAGGACGGGAAGGUGUUGAACUGUCCAUAUGGAUCCCCAUCGGUGAAGCCGGAUGAUCUGUUGUCCCAAAAGAUCCAGAGCUUGUGCCCAACAAUUACCGGCAAUGUGUGUUGUACAGAACGUCAGUUCGACACAUUGCGGUCCCAAGUUCAGCAGGCAAUUCCAUUUCUUGUUGGCUGCCCGGCAUGCUUGAGAAAUUUCUUGAACCUGUUCUGUGAGCUUACAUGUUCUCCGCAUCAGAGUUUGUUUAUCAAUGUAACUGCUGUAUCCAAGGUUAAGAACAAUUUGACUGUGGAUGGAAUUGAUUUCUUUAUAGCUGAUGCGUUUGGUGAAGGUCUAUAUGACUCCUGCAAAGAUGUGAAGUUUGGUACUAUGAACACUCGAGCUUUAGACUUCAUUGGAGCUGGUGCUCACAACUUCGAAGAGUGGUACGCCUUUAUUGGUAGACGUGCACCUCAAAACACACCAGGUUCACCGUAUGCCAUUGGAGUCAGGUCAACCGCUCCCGAUUCUUCUGGAAUGAGACCUAUGAAUGUCACCACCUUUUCUUGUGCUGAUACUUCACUGGGCUGUUCCUGUGGCGAUUGCCCUUUGUCUAAUGGUUGCACAAAUGCUGCCCCUCCUACAGAGCAUGAGGGAGGUUCAUGUUCAGUUAAAAUUGGUUCUCUUAAGGCCAAGUGCGUUGACUUUGCUUUAACCAUACUCUACGUUGUAUCGCUCUCCACUUUUCUCGGGUGGGGUUUCAUCCACCGGAAGAGAGAAAGGAACCAAACUUCUAGAAUGAGGCCAUCUUUAAAUGGAAUGGACGGUAGUGACAUCCAUCCUGUUGCUACUCAGAAAGUUGAGAAUCAUCCCGUUCAGGCUCCUGAUGCUUCUCCUAAUGGAAGAAGAGUUCAGCUUUCAAUCGUCCAAGGAUAUUUGGCAAAGUUUUACAGGAUAUAUGGGACUUGGGUAGCCAGAAAUCCGGUUCUCAUGCUGAUUGUGUCAGUAGCUGCAGUUCUUCUACUCUGCUUAGGUCUUAUCCGAUUUAAGGUGGAAACAAGGCCUGAGAAGCUAUGGGUUGGACCUGGGAGCAAGGCUGCAGAAGAGAAGCGUUUCUUUGACUCUCAUCUGCAACCAUUUUACAGAAUUGAGCAGCUGAUUAUAGCAACUGUUCCAAAUUCCAGGGAAGGCAAGGCUCCAAGCAUUCUGACAGAGAACAACAUUAAGUUACUAUUUGAUAUGCAAAAAAAGGUUGAUGGUAUCCGCUCAAAUUAUUCCGGGGCCAUUGUGUCACUGACUGAUAUUUGCCUGAAACCUCUGGGUGAAGAUUGUGCAACACAAAGUAUUUUGCAGUUUUUCCAAAUGAAUCCUGCAAACUACGACAAUGCUACAGGAGUGGAUCACAUACAAUACUGCUUGCAGCACUAUACCUCUGCAGAUAACUGUAGGAGUGCCUUCAAAGCACCUCUUGAGCCAAGUACUGCUUUAGGAGGUUUCUCUGGGAACAACUAUUCAGAGGCUUCCGCAUUCAUUAUUACAUAUCCUGUGAACAAUGCGGUUGAAAAAGAAGGGAAUGAAACUGAAAGAGCUGUUGCUUGGGAGAAAGCCUUCAUUGACUUGGCAAAGAAUGAAUUGUUGCCCAUGGCACAAUCUCAAAAUCUCACUCUCUCCUUUUCCUCGGAAAGCUCGAUUGAGGAAGAACUGAAGAGAGAAAGCACUGCAGAUGCCAUAACUAUAGUGAUUAGCUAUCUUGUGAUGUUUGCCUACAUUUCUCUUACCUUGGGCGACACACCCCGUUUAUCUACUUUCUACGUCUCCUCAAAGGUAUUGCUUGGUCUAACUGGAGUUGUCCUUGUCAUGCUCUCUGUUCUUGGGUCAGUGGGGUUUUUCAGUGCCAUAGGAGUAAAGUCUACUCUUAUCAUCAUGGAAGUCAUUCCUUUUCUUGUUUUAGCCGUUGGAGUGGACAACAUGUGCAUAUUGGUGCAUGCUGUUAAACGGCAACCUCUAGAGCUUCCCAUUGAAGGACGGAUUAGCAAUGCACUUGUUGAAGUAGGACCAUCAAUAACGCUUGCCAGUCUAUCCGAGGUGUUAGCAUUUGCUGUCGGAAGUUUCAUCCCCAUGCCAGCAUGCCGCGUGUUCUCCAUGUUUGCUGCAUUGGCUGUUCUCUUGGACUUCUUGCUACAAGUCACUGCCUUUGUUGCUCUGAUAGUUUUCGACUUUCUGAGGGCAGAAGAUAGGAGAGUAGAUUGUUUUCCUUGUCUAAAGAUCUCCUCACCAAACGCCGACUCAGACAAAGGCAUUGGUGGAGUAAGAAGACCUGGAUUGCUGGCUCGAUAUAUGAAGGAGGUGCAUGCGCCCAUACUCGGUAUUUGGGUGGUGAAAAUAGUUGUGAUUGCUAUCUUCGCUGCAAUUACAGUGGCUAGCAUCGCAUUAGCUACCAGGGUUGAACCUGGUUUGGAACAACAGAUUGUUCUUCCAAGGGACUCCUAUCUUCAGGGAUACUUUAAGAAUGUCUCGGAGUAUCUGAGAAUUGGCCCCCCACUUUACUUUGUCGUCAAGAACUAUAACUAUAGCUCGGAAUCAACUCAAACAAAUCAGCUAUGCUCCAUCAGCCAAUGUGAUUCAAACUCUCUCUUAAACGAGAUUGCAAGAGAAUCAUUGAGACCAGAAUCCAGCCACAUUGCCAAGCCAGCAGCUUCAUGGCUUGAUGAUUUUCUUGUAUGGGUAUCUCCAGAAGCAUUUGGUUGCUGCCGGAAGUUUACUAAUGCGACUUAUUGCCCGCCUGAUGACCAGCCUCCUUGCUGUUCUUCUGGUUCAGGAUCGUGUGGGUUGGGUGGAUUGUGCAAAGACUGUACCACAUGCUUCCGUCAUGCAGAUCUAAACAACGAUCGCCCAUCUACAAUGCAAUUUAAGGAGAAACUCCCGUGGUUCCUUAAUGCAUUACCUUCUGCUGAUUGUGCCAAAGGUGGUCAUGGUGCAUACACUGGCAGCGUUGAACUGGAAGGCUACGAAAAUGGUGUUAUUCAAGCAUCGUCUUUCCGCACUUAUCACACUCCGCUAAACAAGCAGCGCGACUUUGUCGACUCAUUGAGAGCAGCUCGCGAGUUCAGUUCCAGAGUCUCCAAAUCUUUGAAGAUGGAAAUAUUCCCAUAUUCAGUGUUUUACAUGUUCUUUGAGCAAUAUCUUGACAUUUGGAGAACUGCUUUGAUCAACCUUGCCAUUGCAAUCGGUGCAGUUUCCCUCGUCUGUUUCUUGAUAACAUGGAGCUUAUGGAGUUCAGGAAUCAUUAUGCUGGUGUUGGCAAUGAUCGUGAUCGAUCUCCUGGGGGUGAUGGCAAUUCUCGAUAUCCAACUGAAUGCAGUCUCAGUUGUCAACCUUGUCAUGUCAGUGGGCAUUGCUGUUGAGUUCUGUGUACAUAUAACACACGCCUUCACGGUGAGCAUUGGCGACAGAGAGCAGCGAGUAAAGGAGGCUCUGGGAACAAUGGGAGCUUCUGUCUUCAGUGGAAUCACUCUAACGAAGCUAGUCGGCGUCAUUGUUCUCUGCUUCUCAAGAACAGAAGUUUUUGUGGUUUGUUUACUCACACCUGUUCAGUCCUUCUGCCAACUUUCACCAUUGCACUACCAACUAUACUUCCCUCCGUGUGUAACACUACAGUUCUCCAUUUCUGCCCUUUCAGGUUUACUACUUCCAAAUGUACCUAGCCUUGGUCCUUUUAGGCUUCUUGCACGGCCUCGUAUUUUUACCGGUAACUUCUGCGACUCAUUAGCUUUUUACCGGAUGGAACAGAACUCUAGUUUUCGCUCUUGUCUGCUCGGGUUUUGAGCCCUUGGACGCCUGUGUUUGCAGGUGGUAUUGAGCAUUUUUGGUCCACCGUCAAGAUGUA